UAAAACUUGAUUUCCUGCGCAGACCAGAGAGCAGGUUGUUUGAUGGCAGCGUGAGAUAUUCAGCUACGAGGUAAAGCUUUCCAACUUGUCUGUGUGAGAGGCAACGAACUCCUUAGGUCGGACAGAAAGGCAAAGGCUUCACUUUCCAGAUGUGCCGAGCAGAGUAAUUUUGAUAGCUCGCACGCGCUUCCUGAUACGCUGGGCACGAGAGAUAAAUAAAGCUGCCGGCACACAGAAAGGGAUCACACAUCACCGCAAGGCUUCCAUGUCACGGCACAGUGAACACGGUGAUGAGUCUUUUGACAAGAAGUCAACUGACAGCUCGACGCCUCCCACUCACGAUGAGAAGGGGCCGAUCAGAAGAGGGCAGAGUCCAUCCAGGCCGAGGAUAUCUCAUUAUCACAAACAGAAGUCUGUUGUGCAGUUUCACAGACCUCGGGGUGACCACUCAUUCUACAGACCUGGCUUUGGCCACCAGAAGCAUUUCCACUUUCACCCCCGGCCUUACUUCCACCGGAGAGAAAAUUUCCACCCAAAAUUUCGCCACAUCGCGCUGAGGGACAGGGAACGAGACAAGGAGAAGGAGUGGUACGACCAGAGAGAGAGCGCUGAUGGGAGUUCACCCCCGAAACAGAACAACAAUAGUCGAGCGUUCUUACCAAGGUCCUCUUCCAGCAGAGACAAGGACAUGCUCAUCGUUGCUCAAAGCGACAGGAAUCAAAGCAGCGACAGAGAUCACAGGGGAACCAAAAGCAAAGACAGAGAACGAAGCAGAGACGGGGAGCUCCCUUCAGCUGUGAGCCAGGCGGUAGCACGAGACAGAGCCAUCCAGCAGAAGAGGAGAGAGAUAGAUGAGGUCUACCGUCAGGAAUGUGAAAUGUUUGGCUUUGUGGCGAAGAUGCUGAUAGCAAAGGAUCAGUCCCUGGAGCAUUCCAUCCAGUCCUCGCUGCAGGAAAACCUCAGGGACAUCGGCAGGCGCUGCUUGGAGGCCAUGGAGAAAUUUAUAGAGGACUAUGACUCCAGGGAGGUGUCUCACUAAUCAGACACACACUCAUCAUGCAUGUCUUCCACUGAUCCCAGUGGUAAAAUGUUGGAGAUUUUAUUUCAGGUGACUGAACACUGUUUUAGUGUUUCUGUUUGUGUUUUCCAGUAUUUUGAUAAGCUUGUACAUUCUUUUCUGCUGCCGUGACAAAGUACCUCUCUGUGCUCGGCUUUAUGGCGAGAAUUGAGUAGUGCUGAUGAAAAUUUGUUCUUUCUUUGGACAUUUACUUCUAAUUUUGAGACUGUGAUGAUGAUGCAGAAAUACACUGGUUGUACGUGUCCUUGUGAAGAAAUCAGAAAUGUUUGGAUAUACAACUAACUAAAUUGUGAUCACUUGUAUUUCAGUCAUUUAAUGUUUUUUGCAGCAUAUUAAACAUUGUGUGGUUAAAAACA